AAAAAAAAUGUAAGGUAGCUAGUAGAUAUUAGCAUCGUUUUAAUACGUCAGAAAACAGUGGUUGCCUUAAGAACAAAAUGGAUCGAAAGCUUGAAGAUUAUGAAAUUGAAAACUUACUUUCGUGGCUGGAUAAGAUMCCGUUUUCCAGACCCAAGCGAAAGUUAAGGAGAGACUUCAGCGACGGAGUGUUGGUCGCCGAGGUCAUUAAACAUUUUUUCCCAAAGUUUGUUGACCUCAGCAGCCUGACGGUUCCGUUCAGCUCCAGAGAGGAGAAACUCAGAAACUGGAGCCUCCUCAACAGGAAGGUGUUUCCGAAGCUGGAUUUUUACGUGCCAGAGGAAGUCAUAAGCGAGGUUGUUCUGAGCUCUCCCGGUGCGAUUGAGCCCGUWCUCAGCACGCUCAGGGAGAAAAUUGACAGAAAGCUGGCGGACAUCGCAAGCAAGAAACCAAUUUUGGACAAUGUUGACAUCAAAACCCUGGAAAAAACCCCUGAAGCAAUUCAUGAGGUUGAAGCAAGAAUUCUGGCACAACUGGCAAAAAUGAAAAUCGAUGAGGAGAACAUACAGAAAACCAUGAAACAGAAAGUGGUUGUGGAGUCUUGUUACACGGUCAGGGAGCCCACUCUUCUACGACAAUUCAUCUUUGAAAAAGAUCAAGUGAUCCUGGAUUUACAGGAAGUUGUGAAGAUCCUGCAGACCAAAGUGGAGAAGCUGGAGCAUCUGUUGGAGUUAAAGGACAUAAGGAUUGAUCAGCUGACCAAGAUAAAUGCUUCAAAUGGGUUUAAUUUAACUCUGUGAGGCGUUGACGUGAACCAGCUUGUCACCAAAUAAAUUGUAUGAAUGUCAA